AUGAACUUCCUACUUGAUCUGCUUGAUUGUCUAGUGCGACUCAUCUGUUGGUUAUUCGGGCUUUCCAGAGUGUCGCACCCUGAAAAUGUUCCCCAGCCGUCUUCCCCAUUAUCUGCCAGUCCUCCGCUACUUCGAGAAAAAUCGUCCUUUACUUUGACGCCAGACAAUGAUGGUCGCACCGCACUGCAGAAUCUUCAACGGGGUCUCAAAAAAUACCGUUUGGAGUCCUUCGUCGAUCGGCGUUUGGAAUUUGUCGCUGGACCUAUCGUGCAACGGCUGGUUGAAGACAACAUCGAAGCAAUUCUCAAAGAGGGAUCGCUUGGAGACGUUGAACACAUUUCUUCACUUAGUCAACUGAUUUCCAAGCAUGCGACAAGGCUCUUCGCAAUUCUUGUGGAGCUGAGGCGAGAGGAAUACAUCAUACCACUGCUUAGGGAGGGAAUACAGGAUGAUAAUCUUCCAUUUCAGAGGGUCCAAAUAUCUACUCUACAUACAAUGGCCCUUGUCACUCGACAGGGUACAAAUGUGCACGCACUUAGGGAUUGGGACAUCGAAGCUAUCAAGAAUUGGGAGAAGAAACAGUAUCGCUUCUUGAGUCCUAUAUUUCGACGCGGCGAGCAUUAUGAACUUGACGACUUACAUAUACUACCGUUCCUCGACCAUCAGGCUGACCAUGACGGUAAGGCAUCUGCAGCGGGAGGUUAUGGCGAGGUGUUCCGAGCUUGCAUUCAUCCAGACAACCAUGAGCUCGAACGCUCCUCCGUUCGCCCACGUCGCGGCCUCUUUGUGGCCGUCAAGCUUUUGUUCCAUAAUGACGACUUCCAACCCGAACGAAACGUAUACCGGGCCCUGGGCCAUUUAAGUCAUGACCAUCUGAUUGAUCUGCUGUUUACUUACAAGAUGAAGAACCGUUAUCACCUAGUAUUCCCGUGGGCUGACGGAAGUCUGAAGGACUACUGGGAGAAUUACCCAAAGCCAGCGUUUACUUAUCAAAAUAUUCUAUGGUCCGUGGAGCAGAUGAAAGGUAUUGCCAGUGGAUUGGCCUAUUUUCACGAGUUUACAAACCCAGAGCAUGGACAGACCCGAUUUGGGCGCCACGGUGAUAUCAAGGCUCAGAACAUACUCUGGUUUCGCCACGCAAAUAUUCUGAAAAUAGCGGAUUUGGGCCUAGCUAGCGUUCAUGGCAGAGACUCUAGGUCCAACGUGCCCCCAAGCACAGUUGUUGCCUCCCCUACCUACUCCCCUCCGGAACUCCGACGAGGACACCCAGUCUCUCGCAAAUGGGAUAUUUGGAGCCUUGGAUGUUUAUACCUGGAGUUCGUAACAUAUAUGGUUCUCGGGAACUCUGACAUUGUCGAGUUUUCCAGCCAGCGAAAAGGGCCCACCGACAUCCCUGAAAUGACCUCGGAUGUCUUUUACUCGGAAGAUGCUCAGGACGUGAACCCGGGAGUUAUUGUCUGGGUUGCCCAUUUAAGACACAGCCAAUUGUGCUCGAGAGCAAUGCACGACAUCUUGGACCUCGUUAUGGAUGAGAUGCUUGUGGUCAAUCCCGAUGCCCGAAGCGACUCAAGGCAAAUAUACAAGAAAAUGAAGAAUCUAACCAAGCGUGCCGAGAAAGAAAAGAAAUAUCUCCUUAAACCUGAGCCAUUGGCUCUCGGACACUCCAGAAGGCCCCGUCGGAUAUUCGAAUCUCUGUUGCAACCGCAGCCUCUAAGCAGCACCCCGAGGAGUCAUACUUGGAACCUCUGA